CCAGGUUCCGCCCCUCAAGGCGCUCUAACACCAAGCCCCGCCCCUCGAGGAGCUGUCACAGCCGGGUCCCGCCCCUUGAGAGGCUCUAGCGGCCUGGCCCCUCCCUCAAGGCGCUGUAACAACCGGGCUCCGCUUCCCCGCGCUCUGCCAGGCGCCGCCGCUUGAGGCGUCCCAACGGCCAGGCCCCGCCCUCACGUGCGUACGCGGCCCCGCCGAGCCGUGCGGGCGCCCGCGUAGUCACUGGUUGAGGUGGCAGCGACUCCGCCAACAUGGAGUUCUCGCAGAUGCCAGAAUUCCUGGGGCUGUCGCUGUUGCUUGGGCUGCUGGCCCUGGUGGCGACUGCGGCGGUAGCGCGGGGGUGGCUGCGCGCGGAGGAGAGGAGCGGCCGGCCCGCCUGCCAAAAAGCAAAUGGAUUUCCAUCCGACAAAUCCUCAGGAUCCAAAAAGCAGAAACAGCAACAGCGGAUUCGCAAGGAGAAGCCUCAACAACACAACUUCACCCACCGCCUCCUGGCUGCAGCGCUGAAGAGCCACAGCGGGAACAUAUCUUGCAUGGACUUUAGCAGCAAUGGCAAAUACCUGGCCACCUGUGCAGAUGAUCGCACCGUCCGCAUCUGGAGCACCAAGGACUUCCUACAGCGGGAGCACCGCAGCAUGAGAGCCAAUGUGGAGCUGGACCACGCCACCCUGAACCCAGCACAGGACCUGGAACACAGAGCCUCUUUGUCCAGUGAGAGAGUGACUUGUCUGCUACCUGUCUCUAGAGCCUUCAUUGUCUGGCUGGCCAACGGGGACACCCUCCGUGUCUUCAAGAUGACCAAGCGGGAAGAUGGGGGCUACACCUUCACAGCCACCCCAGAGGACUUCCCUAAAAAGCACAAGGCACCUGUCAUUGACAUUGGCAUUGCUGACACAGGGAAGUUCAUCAUGACUGCCUCCAGUGACACCACUGUCCUCAUCUGGAGCCUGAAGGGUCAGGUGCUAUCUACCAUCAACACCAACCAGAUGAACAACACACAUGCUGCUGUAUCCCCCUGUGGCAGAUUUGUGGCCUCGUGUGGCUUCACUCCGGAUGUGAAGGUCUGGGAAGUCUGCUUUGGAAAGAAGGGGGAGUUCCAGGAGGUGGUGCGAGCCUUUGAACUAAAGGGCCACUCCGCGGCUGUGCACUCGUUUGCCUUCUCCAACGACUCGCGGAGGAUGGCCUCUGUCUCCAAGGAUGGUACAUGGAAACUGUGGGAUACAGAUGUGGAAUACAAGAAGCAGCAGGACCCCUACUUACUGAGGACAGGCCGCUUUGAAGAGGCGGCGGGCGCCGCACUGUGCCGCCUGGCCCUCUCCCCUGAUGCCCAGGUCUUGGCCUUGGCCAGUGGCAGCAGUAUUCAUCUCUACAAUACCCGGCGGGGCGAGAAGGAGGAGUGCUUUGAGCGGGCCCAUGGCGAGUGUAUCGCUGACUUGGCCUUUGACAUCACUGGCCGCUUUCUGGCCUCCUGUGGGGACCGGGCGGUGCGGCUCUUUCACAACACGCCUGGCCACCGGGCCGUGGUGGAGGAGAUGCAGGGCCUCCUGAAGCGGGCCUCCAAUGACAGCACCCGCCAGAGGCUGCAGCAGCAGCUGACCCAGGCCCAAGAGGCCCUGAAGAGCCUGGGUGCCCUCAAGAAGUGAUGGGGAGGGCCUGGUGCAGAGGAUUGAGCAGGAGGGAUCUGGCCGCCUGCUCCCAGCGAUGCCGCCACCUUUCUUCCCAGGUGGAAGCCUUUUGGAAGGGGUCUCCUGGUUUUCCUACUGGUGGCCUUUUUCCUGUUGAAACUUCUCUUGCUUACUUAGAUCUUUCUCUCUUUUCUUGCUGGCUUUGACUCCUCCCCAACCAGUGACCAAGGUGCUUUUCUUCCUCUCAGGCCCAGUGGGUAGAAUCCAUCCCCACCCUGUGCGGAGGACAGUGGUAGAGGAGAGAGAGAGAGAACAUGAUUUUUGGCUUUGUGGCAGCACUUCCUCACCCCCAAAGAAGUUUGUAAAUGUUUCAGAACAACCCAGAGAACACCCAGUACUAAGCAGCAGUUUUGCAAGGAUGGGAGACUGGGAUAGCUUCCUGUCACAGACCUGCUGUGGGGUCGGGGAAGGCUGAUCUCCACUGAGUCAAGGCUCCUAACUCCAUCAAAAAGACACUAAGGGAUUUCAUUCCGGGCCUCAGUUCUGUCUGUAAGAUGGAGAAUAAUCCUGUCUGUGACCUGCUUGCAAAGAUGAUUGGGGUUUAGAGAGUGUAAAGUCGCUAGGUCUAGAAGAGUGGGAAAGAGUCAUACUACGUCCACUGUCAUUAACGUGGCAAAAAUGGGAACCGGUGUGCUUUGAAACCAAAUUUGACACACACUCCUCGGGAAGGCAGAGUUUCCUGGGACUUGAUCAUGCAUUUUGUAUGGUUGGGGCUCAUCUCUUUGGGAGAUGAUAUCCUGUCAGGAGACCUCUUUUCAGUCCAUCAGAUGUUUGAGGGCCCACUCUGUGCCCAAAUAAAUAUGUCCUGGGGAUUAAAUGUGAAUAAGACGUGGUUUCUGCCACCUAAGAUGGCUGGUGGGAGAGAGACAGACACAUGCACUGAGUGCUUUCUGUGAGUUAACUCAGCUGCUGUUGUAAACGCCACGGCAAGAGAGGACCAGAGCAGGACAGAGGCAAUGGGCACUGAAGUUGAAGGGGUACAUUUGAUAAGAGAUUCGAUAUUGAGAAGUUUAAAUUUUUUGAAUUUGAAGACUGCUUGGAGGUGGCAGGUAGGGGAAAUGAGGUAUCCAGGAAGACUUGAGUGUAGGGAAAAUGUAUUCAUCCCUGGUCAAACUCUUGAUCGCUCACGAAAACUGUGACCUGCCCAGUCGCCCCCAGCCUGUCAGUGGAACAAGCCACAACCUUGGAGUUAUCCUUGAUGACCCCCAUUCAUUAUCCCCUCUGUCUGUUCACCAGAACGUUCUUUUGGUUACACUCCACGUGACGGCCCGAGUCUGCUGCUUCUCUCUGUCUUUCCUGUUCCCAUCCUGGUCCUGUCCACUGUCACCUACUGGGCCACUAAAAUAUGGCUUCCUAAUGGAUCUUCCUGCUUCCUCUGUUGCUUCAUUACUUUUCUAUAUAGCAGAGUGAUCUUUUGAAAAUGUAAAUCAGAUCACAUUAUUCUCUAGUUAAAACCCCCAAGGCUUCCCAUCACACUUAAAAUCCAAAAGAUUUUUUAACCAAAAAUAGUAAAAUAUAUAUAUAUAUAUUUGAGACAGUCUCACUCUGCUCCCCAGGUUGGAGUACAGUGGUGCAGUCUCAGCUCACUGCAACUUCCACCUCCAAGGCUGAAGCAAUUCUCCUGCCUCAGCUUCCAGUGUAGCUGGGAUUACAGACAUAUGCUACCAUGCCUGGCUAAUUUUUGUAUUUUUAGUGGAGAUGGGGUUUCACCAUGUUGGCCAGACUGGUCUUGAACUCCUGACCCCAAGAGAUCUGCCCACCUUGGCCUCCCAAAGUUCUGGGAUUACAGGCAUGAGCCAUCACGUCCCACUGAAAACAUGUUUUUAAUCCCAAAUUCUUACCUUAGCCUGCAAGGUCCUGUGUAACCUGCCUUCGUCCCCACUCCCAGACCUUUUUACUGCUGUCCCAACCUUGCUGUUCCUUGAGCAAGCAGAGUUACUCCAUCCUCAGGUAGGGCUGGUGCUUAGGCCAGCCCCUUGGAAGUGCUUUAUUCCGUUGGCAGACUUACCAUGCUUGUCAGAAUUCAGUUCUUGGUUCCAGUUACAGUGCAGAGAUAGGCUCCCUGACCACUCAUUCUGAAGUAGCCCUUUCCAUCAAUCCUAUCACAUCCAUCACAUUAGCUGAAUUUCUUUUUUUUAUAUUAAUGCUCUCUAAAAUUCUCUUGUUUGGCUAUUUGUUUGCUACAGGGGUUUUGGCCUAAAUGCUAUGGACGUCAGCUGGGUACCGUAAAUGCGUGAGUGGGGCCACAGUCACCUGGGUGUGAGGCAGGAGAGAGUGGGGACGGAAGUGAGCUGGAGGGCUUGUGUCCUGCCCGUGAGGUAGGGGAGGCUGCUACUCAUUCAGGAAUCCGGCAGAAGUUGUCUGCUUCACAGAAGCUAGAAGUGAGCAACUUAAACAAAAAAUUAAAUAAAACAAACACUAUCUGGACCAAACAAAACACUGCGUGGGCCCGUUGCAGUCCACCAGUCUCUCAUUGCAGCUUCUGGCUCUGAUGAGUGCACUGAAAUGAGAGCACCACCAGGGCAGACUCCUGGACCGCCUUGCUGUCAGCUCUGCGAUCCAGGCACAGUACCAGGGACAGUGUAAGCACUCAGUAAAUGUUCAGCUUAAGCCAGGGGCAAGCCACAGACCUCCCAGGAUCUCCACGUAUCUUCCCACUGCCAGUCUCCGUUGUGGUUUCGCAUGAUCCUAAUGACAGACCGCUGCCACUGUGCACGUAAGGCCUGCGGAGUAUUUCCUCUGCAGUUGUCAGAAGGGUGAGACGGAAACACUUUCCUCUGCGCCUGUUUUUAAAAGGAGCUCUGGCCUUACCCCCGUUGUACACCCAGGACGGGAAGUGGUGGAGAGCGCUGAGUUACCGAAGUCUUCAGUUGCAGGUUCAGCCGGCUCAUCCGGUGGCCUGAGAGCAGGUACAUCCCGGCCCCUCUGAGCUCGUUUCCUCCUUUGUAAGAUGAGAAUGAAUCCUGUCCUGCCCUCCUUACCGCAUUGCAUUUCCAGUGAGAUAAAACACUACCAAAAAGUCACUCCACAGACUUUCUGAGGACAGAAAGUGCCCUCACUCAAGCUUCUCUGGAAACCACAGGGCAGGUGUCUGGAUAUUAACAUAGAACAGAGGCCACCAUUGGUUUUUUUUUUUUUUUUUUAGUCAAAAAUCCUGCAUGUGAAGGCAGUAUUCAUAUCUUAAGAUUUCAACAUCUGUGGGUAUGAAAUUUUUCAAAAUAAAAAGUUGGGGAAAUAUUUUAAAUGUGGUGUGUAGCCCAUGUUGGUGUUUUCUUUGUUUUAGAGAUGAGGUCUCACUCCGUCAUCCAGACUGGGGUGCAGCCUUGACCUCCUGGGCUCAAGUGAUCCUCUCACCUCAGCCUCCCGAGUAGCCAGGAUCACAGGCACAUGCCAUCACACCUCUGUUUUUUCUAGAAAUGGGAUCUCACUAUGUUGCCCAGGCUGGGGCUUGCAGUCAUUUAAAACAUGCAAUACACAGAUUAAGAUGGUGGUGCCAACUCAACAGUGCCACUUCCCAAGGGCUCUUUCUUCCUCAGCGCAAUCCACCCUCCUGGCUACUUUCCUGGGGGUUGGAUGCAGGUGGGUCUUCUGCCACCUGCAUCCAACACACGGGCGCAUCGGAGAAACCAGCUCUUUAAUUUGCUUAUCUGUGAUAACUUGAAGCCCUGGAUAAUGCCUUGUAUACAGGCAUGUUUUCACAAUUAUAGCUAUUCUAGUAAAGCCACGUUUCAGAGACUAACAUCUUGGGAAAGGCACAAAAAGUUUUGUUUCUGUGUUUUCUACAAUGAAUGUGCAAUUCCUAUGUAAUGCUCAGUGCAGCACCAUUCAGAAUAGCAAACACAUGGAAUCAACCCAAAUGUGCAUCAGUGAUAGACUGGAUAAAGAAAAUGUGGUAGAUUACACCAUGGAAUAUUAUGCAGCCAUAAAAAUGAACAAGAUCAUGUUCUUUGCCGGGACAUGGAUGGAGCUGGAGGCCAUUAUCCUCAGCAAACUAACACAGGGAUAGACAACCAAAUACCACGUGUUCUCAUCAGUGGGAGCUGAACAAUGAGAACACAUGGACACAGAGAAGGGGGCAACACACACUGAGGCUUGUGGGGGUGGGAGGAGAAGAGCAUCAGGAGUAAUAGCUAAUGCAUGCUGGGCUUAAUACCUAGGUAACGGGUUGAUAGAUGCAACAAACCACCAUGGCACACAUUUACCUAUGGAACAAACAUGCGCAUCCUACACAUGUACCCCAGAAGGUAAUUAACAGGUAAUGGGAGUGGUAGCUCACACCAGUAAUCCUGACAAUUUGGGAGGCUGAGGCAGGGGGAUUACUUGAGGCCAGGAGUUCAAGACCAGCCUGAGCAACAUACUAAGGCCCCGUCUCUACCAAAAAAAAAAAAAAUCAGGCACGAUGAUGGACACUUGUAGACCCAGCCUCUCUGGAGGCUGUGGUGGGAGGAUUGCUUGAGCCCAGGAGUUCAAAGCUGCAGUGGGCUCUGAUCGCAGCCUAGGCAACACAGCAAGACCCUGUCUCAGGAAAAAAAAUCGGUAACAUGAUAUAUUGAAAGCAUUAGAUAGCCUCCAUGACACAUACUCUCUCACUUUCACUUUGUAACAGCUCUUGUGAAGCAGCAAUUAUAAUCCCUGUUGGAAAAACCGAGGUUUGCGGAGAUUAAGUGGCAAGCAGGGAUUCAACUCUGGGUCUGAGGACAGAGCUCGAGCUUGUUCCUAGUGUCACCCUUAUAGCCUGUGACCUUGCCAGCCAGAAAAUAAGCUUUCUGAAGGCAGGGAGUUUAUAGUGUUAGGAGUCUGUCUUGUACUUCUUUCUGUUGCACCCAUGCAAGUGAGCACAUAGUAGCCACUACUUCAAUUUGCUGGCUAACAAGAUGAACCUGUAUACUGAUUGCCCAACAGCAAAUGAGCUCACUUUGACCACCACUUAUGCAUGCACCACGUGGUUGCAUUGGCAGCAGAAAUCAUUCUGUUACUUUCCAAGGCCACUGCAUCUUGUGAUUCACAUGCUUCUGCAUGAUUCUCCCAGGGACUAACGGUUCCAAGGUCUGGAGAUGAUCGAAGUUCCAAAAGUGGGCUGUGCAGGGUGGCUCAUGCUCAUAAUCCCAGUGCUGCGGGAGGCCAAGGUGAGAGGAUCACUUGAGACGAGGAGUUUGAAACCAGCCUGAGUAACAUGGUGAGACCCAUCUGUACAAAAAAUUUUAAUAUUAGCUGGGCAUUAGUCCCAGCUGCUGGGCUACUGGAGAGACUGAGGCAGGAGGGUCACUUGAGUCCAGGAGUUGGAGGUUGCAGUGAGCCAUGAUCACGCCACUGCACUCCAGCCUAAGCAACAGAGUGAUACUCCAUUUCUUUAAAAAAUACAAAUAAGAGUGCCAGCUUGGCAUGGUGGCUCACAGCUGUAAUCCUAGCAGUUUGGGAGGUAAGGUAGGAGGAUCACUUGAGUCCAGGAGUUCAAGACCAGACUGAGAAACAUAGGGAGACCCCCAUCGCUACAAAAAAUACAAAAAUUAGCCUGUCCUACGCUGGCACAGCUACUCAGGAGGCUGAGAUGUGAGGAUCGCAUGAGCCUGGGAGGUUGAGAUUGCAGUCAUCUACCCCAUCUUGGCUUCCCAAAGUGCUGGGAUUAUAGGCAUGAGCCACCGUACCCAGCCAGCCAGGAGGUUUGACAACCCAGGUAUGUUUCAGUUGCUUUUGGAGCCCCGAGGCAGGAAAAAUAUGAACCAAACAACAACCCCAAAAAUGAUAAAGCUGAUGAUGAUACUGAAGGUGAUGACUGAUGGUAAUGACUGUUGGUCUCUAUUUCACCCUAAUAAUGGCCUCUGUCCUGCAUACUGUUAGCCUUUUGUGAUCUAGCACCUAGGGCAUCUCUCUAGAAUAAGAAGUCAAACAAAAGAACCCAGGGCAAAAGUGAAUUUUUUUUUUUUUUUUUUUUGAGACGAAGUCUCACUCUUGUUGUCCAGGCUGGAGUGCAAUGGUGCAAUAUCAGCUCGCUCGACUUCUCCCUCCUGGGUUCAAGCGAUUCUCCUGCCUCAGCCUCCGAGUAGCUGCGAUUACAGGGGCAUGCCACCACGCCCGGCUAAUUUUUGUAUUUUCAGGAGAGACGGAGUUUCAUCCUGUUGGUCAGGCUAAUCUCAAACUUCAGACCUCAGGCAAUCUGCCUGCCUUGGCCUCCCAAAGUGCUGGGAUUUUCAAGCGUGAGCUACCGGGCCUGGCCAAAAGUGAAUUUCCUGAUGUGCUGUACCCCAAUUUCCUCAACCCUGUGUUUUUCACAGGAAAACCUCAGUGUGUUUCACUGAGAGUGCCAGGACUGUGAGGGACCUGCCCACAGUGGCAAAGCUUGCUAGUGUUCCCCAAUUUUGCUUCUUGUUUUCCCAGGUACAAGGCUAGACUACAUGUUCCAGGCUUCCCUGCAGUUAGGUAAGACGCUUUGCUGAGUUCAGGCUAAUGGAAUAUGCGCAGAAGUGAUCUGUUGAGUCUCUGGCUGCCUCUAAAACCCACAGUGGUUCACGCUUGUAAUCCCAGCACUUUGAGAGGCUGAGGUGGGCAGAUCACUUGAGGUCAGGAGUUUGAGACCAGCCUGGCCAACAGGGCGAAAUCUCGUCUCUACAAAAAUACAAAAAUUACCUGGGUGUGGAGGUUCAUGCCUGUAGUCCCAGCUACUUGGGAGGCUGAGGCAACAGAAUCCCUUUAACCCAGAACAUGGGAGGCAGAGAUUGCAGUGAGCCAACAUCGUGCCACUACACUCCAGCUUGGGUAGCAGAGCGAGACUCCGUCUCAAAAAAAAAAAACAGACAAAAACCCUCCUGGGGCUUUCCAUACUCUUUUCUGCCAGCUGGAAACGGAGGAUUCUGUACAGUUUGCUGGGUAAUCAAAACUACUAAAUGGCUGGGCGUUGUGGUUCAUGCCUGUAAUCCCAUCGAUGGCUGACUCCUAUAAUCUUAGCACUUUGGGAGGCCAAGGUGGGAGGGAUGCUCGAGGCCAAGAGUUCAAGAUCAGGCUGGGUAACAUAGUGGGCCCCCCAUCUCUACCAGGCAUGGUAGCAUGUGCCUAUGGUCCUGGCUACUCAGAAGGCUGAAGUUGGUGGGUGACUUGAGCCCAGGAGUUCAAGGCUGUAGUGACCUAUGUGCCACUGCACUCCAACCUGGGCAAGAAAGCAAGACCCAGUCUCUUAAAUGUGUGUGUGUGUGUGUGUGUGUGUGCGCACGCGCAUAUAUAUUUAUAUUUGUGUAUACCUAUACCAUAUGCUUUGUUUUUCCACUGCUGUGGAAAGAAUUCUAUGAUGUGGGAACAGAGUAAUGAUUCCCCAAAGAUAUCCACAUCCUAAUCCUUGGAACUCAGGAAUUUGUUGGGUUAUAUGCCAACAGGGAAUUACAGUAGCAGGAAUUAAGGUUGCUAAUCAGCUGGCUUUUUUUUUUUUUUUUUUUUUGAGACAGAGUCGCACUCUGUCUCCCAGGCUGGAGUGCAGCGGCACAGUCUCUACUCACUGCAGCCUUCAUCUCUCAGGUUCAAGUGAUUCUCUUGCCUCAGCCUCCCUAGUAGCUGGGAUUACAGGCACAUGCCACCACACCUAGCUAAUGUUUGUAUUUUUAGUAGUGACGGGGUUUCUCCAUGUCUCGAACUCCUAACCUCAAAUGAUCCACUCCCUCAGCCUCCCGAAAUGCUGGGAUUGCAGUGGGUCACUGCACCUGGCCAGAAAAACAAAAUAGGAUAUUAAGCGGUUGUAUUAGUCAGGGUUCUCUAGAGGGACAGAACUAAUAGGAGGUUGGCUCACUGCAACCUCCACCUCCCGAGUUCAAGCAGUUCUCCUGCCUCAGCCUCCCGAGUAGCUGGGAUUACAGGCAUGAGAGGCCACUGUCAGCUAAUUAGUAGUUUUAGUGAGAUGGGGUUUCACCAUGUUGGUCAGGCCAGUCUCGAACUCCUGACCUCAAGUGAUCCACCCACCUCAGCCUCCCAAAGUGCUGGGAUUACUGGCGUGAGCCACCACACCUGGCUGAGAAGAUAACAUUUGAAUAAAGACCUUCAGGAGGUAAGGGAGGGAGCCAUGCAAAUAUAUGGUGCAUGGGUGCUACAGUAGGGGAGGCCGAAGUGCAGAGGCCUGAGGCAGGAGCUGGACUGUGCUUUCAGAUGAGCAAGAAGGCCAGUGGAUUUAGAGCAGAGACAGCAUGGGUAUAGUUGUAGGAGGUGAGGUCAGAAAAUAACAGGAUGAUGUGUGGGAAUGGAUGGGGCCUUCUAGGCCACUGUAGCUUGUACUCAAAGUGAGAAAAGAAGCCAAGCCCUUGGAUGCAUCACCCAAGGCAGAGAUCUGGGCUGGGAUCUCUGUAUCCACCUCUGCACCUCAUCUAGCACAAGCUUUUCACCUAGAAAAUGGCAGGAUGUGAUUUUUUAGGAGAUGGUAUCCUACUGUGUUGCCUAGGCUAAGUGCAGUAGUGUGAUUAUAGCUUCCUGCAGCCUUAAACUCCUGGGCUCAAGGAAUCCUCCCACCUUGCCUCUCAAGUAGCUGGGAUACAGGCACAUCCUCUUCGUCCAGCUAAGGUAUGAUUUUUUUUU